AUGGCUCUUCACUUCACGUCUCAGAGUUUUGACUGGCCGUUUUUAUCAUUGAAAAUCAGAUACAGAAGCGAGCUGCAGAUACUACGCGAACGAUUUGAACAACGGAACAGUCGUCUCGAAGAGGUAGAACGUGAAGUCUAUGAACUACGUGGUCGUUUUCCCACAAACUCCCAUUCGAAAUCGGACAUCAGUCGGUCUCUCGGUUUACCAGUUUCCGCAGAGGCUCGCAGUCCCCGUAUGAGCGGGCAUAAUUAUCCAACUACGUCACAAAAUCCAAUCUGUCCUCAAAGCAUCCACCACGUACUUCCCACCAAUUGGAGCGGACCUCUAGACACAGUAGCUUCGAAUGCUGCCGUGUUGACAGUUGAUGCCCACUCGUCGCAACCCGUUUCGGGGGCACUGAUUAAUCCGGUACAUCAGUCUGCCGUUCCUGUUCCCGUAUCGACCACAACGGUCGAGCAAAACGUGAACGGGUCACUUGUGAUGUGGCGAUCUCGUCCAAUCGAUCCGAUUACUUUGACGAGUACAAAUAAUUUGCUGCAACGUGUGUCCUCAAAGACAUCAAUCGCUACGGAAUCCUCCAUCACAAUCGAUUGUUCAAUCAAUACCUUACCCGUUGCUCCCAGUUCACCCAUCAUUGAACUGUCAACUCGAAGUGCUCAACCCACCCCAGUGGAAGAUAGCGGUCGUCCCGGCUCACCAUGCACAUGUUCCGAGCUCACACUGCUUCACACAGACACCCUGACAGUGUUGUGA